AUGAAACCGUUUUUAAAGUCGAAUGCAGCUGCAUCCCAUUGGUUGGAUGUUCUAUUUGGUGGAAUGGCAGGAUUAUUAUCUAACGAAGGUAAAAAAUUAUUGUCCUUUAACAGCGAUAUUAAACCUCAAGAGUUUGCGGAAAAUAGCCUUAUAUUGGUUCUGUUCAGUAACUAUUUAAUGAAAAUUGAGAACAGGCAUCUUCUUGAUGUUGAUUUCAGAAUGGAAUUUUCAAGUUAUAUAAAGAACUAUGUUGAGUCUGUCAUGAGCAAUGAAAGCCAUUUUCCAGACGCCAGUUCAGAAAACAGUGAUUUAGACUUAUUUGUCUAUAACUUAUAUGAGUCAUUGAGGUAUGUUCCUCUGAAAUAUCACAUUUUGAGUUCCCUGUUAUCAAAGAAGUUAUUGAUUAAUUUAACCCAAAAAUCAUAUCAAAGUCAAAUCAUUUUGAGGAAUUUGAUCGACGUAUUGAUUGAUCGCGAAGAAUACGACGAAGCAUAUGCUGCGUUUAAGACAUAUAAUAGUUAUAUCGAUAAGGACCAGGAACAACAUAAUGGGUAUAUACAUGAUAUUUUAUCAAUUAUCGACAUAUACUCAACUUGCAUUUUACGCUUUAAUCCUUUUGAUUCCCUUUCGCUUCAAUCUAAUGAUUCGAAGAAGUUUAAAUAUGUUACCCGAGAUCAAAUUUUAUGCUCAUUGGUUAAAUUUGUUAUUGAAUUAAAGACAUACUUACACGAGCUUGCAAAGAUUUGUGACUUAAAUUAUGAUGACUCUCCAAAUAGUAAUCAAAUUUCAUUCUUGUAUCUGAAGUAUAACGAGAAUGUGAUUCAGGAAGAUAGUUCUAAUUUUAUCAAGCUAAUUUCUAAGGCAUGGUAUUCUUUAGGGUAUUAUUAUUACUACUUAUGCAGCUUUGAGCUGCAAAAUUAUGAGACCAUUGAUGCUAAUAUCGGUAACGUUCUCAAAUAUUACAAAAACAGUUUGAUAAUUAAUACAACCGGCAAUAUUUCAUAUUUGUUCAAUUAUGCAUUGGCAUUGUCGUAUAAUCGGUCAAUACAGCCAGCAAUUAAAUUGUGCAAAUUCAUUUUAAAAAGGUAUCCGGAAACAUUCAAGACUUGGAAUUUGUUAGCAUUAUUGCUUAGUUCAAUGGAGACGCAUAGUUCCGAUGAGAAUUCACAGAGUCAUAAACAUACAUACCAGGUUAAUGUCACCAUCAAUGGUAGCAUUAACGAAACAAUGAAUGGUAGCGUUAACGGUACAGCCGCAUCAAAUGUUCAAGUAACUAAUAUUAGAGAACUGGAAAAGAUCAUUAAUAAUGGUCUCAAUAUUGCAGGUAUAUAUCUUGUCAAAAGUCGCAAACCCAGUCUGAAUAUUACAAAUGAUAUUAAAAUUGAUAUAUUACAAUUAAAAUUGACUCAGUUGUCAAUUUGGGAAUCAACAUAUGGAGCCCAUUACAUUUUGGAAUUUUUACCAGAAGUUUUUAUGUUAUAUAACGAGCUAUUCGAUAUUGAUAUCGAAGCAGAUAAGAACGACGGGGCACAUCUUCGAACUAAUAUUGCUAAAUGGUCCCAUAGGCCAAGCUUUAUUGACCCUUCAUCUAACCAAAACAAUGGUGUUAAGCAGGAGAGUCAUUUAUCGAAGGAAAAAAAAUUAGCAAAGGAUAGAAUCAAGAGGAUGUCAAAAAUACCCAAGCCCAAAGAGAAGCACGAUCAUUUAUCUGACAAUAGAUCGAUGAAAAAAUUCAAUGUUACAGAAAGAAAAAUUUUGCAAGAUAUCUGGGUAUGGACUAGUAAGGUAUAUUUAAAAGUGGGAUUAUUGGAAGAAGCUGAACAAUGCAUAGUAGAAGCAGAACGUAUCCAUGAGCCCAACACAAAAACUAUUACAACUUUAGGCUUAAUAUGCUCUACCAAUAGAAAAUUUUUGGCUUUACAAGAAUUUGAAAGAUCCCUAGAAAUCUUGAAUGAACCGAUAAACUACUACAAGAAAAAGGAAUUCGGCAUCACUUUACUAGGGUUAUGUAAAUUGAUAAUUCUUGAUGAUAAUAUUAAUAAUUCUUUGUUCAUAUCCACAAAGGAUUUAAGCUCUGGCCUAAUCAGGUUGAAAAAUUAUUUAGAGCAGUUUUCCCAAAGUUGGCCUUUCGGCUAUAAUAACUCUGAAAUCUGGUGGUAUUUGAGUUUGAUUUACGAAAAGAUAGACGAUAAAGUUAUGUUGACUAAAAGCUUAUGGAAAUGUGUCGAGUUAGAAGAUUUCAGACCAGUAAGAGACUUUGAUUGUUGUAGUGAAUUCAUUCCUUAA